AUGACCCCGAUCACCAUGAAAACUGUUGCCGAACAGAUUGUCAAACUGUUUUCUAAAGAACAAGAAUCGGUGUAUUACAAAAAAAACGCAACUGGGAAAUUAUAUGAUAGAUACUUUAACAGCUUGCAUAAGCGAAAAGCUCAGUUGAAAAAUGAAGCUCCAUCAAAAAUUUUCAAAGUUGCCGUUGUAAAUGAUGAGCGCCACGCUAAACUUAAUGAAAUAAAACAGUGGUUACAGCACAAUAUUCCUGAAGAUAUAUGCGUGUCGUGGAAAGAAACUUCAGAAGAUAGAAUUAAAGAACUUGCUAAAUUUGGUAUUCAAGAUAUUUUUAAGGAAUGGCCACGAUAUUUCGAUUCCAAUGGGUACCAGUUGAUUGAUAUUGAUUUUGACACUAUGUUUCCCGGAAAAUCAGAUCUAAUGUUUAACAAAAUUGAAAGCGUUGAGGAAGCAAUAACGAAAGAGCUUUUCCCUUCAUUAAUAAAAGAUAAACUGAACCUGACGUAUUACGAUGCCAUGCUUGGAGCACCUGAUGCAAAUUGCAGGCAUUAUUAUCUUAUAAACUUACUACAUGCAGUAAUAACACCGCCGAGAGUAAAUAAAAACAUAAAGCCCUCCAUUACAGAUGCACAAAUGGAUAUGAUGGUGCAUCUUAUAAAUAUUAAUAACUUCCAGCAAAAACUUGACGAGCUAAAUGAAAGCGCUCACAACGAGGGAUUAACGCUGCAACCUAGAGUUUUUGUUGUUGGUGAGAGUCCUCAAAACUUGAAGGAAUUCUAUGUCUGUGUUGACAACAUUAAAUAUAAAGUAGGUAGCUUAAUUAGGGCUAUAGAAGAAUGUCUUUUGUAUUCAACAUUGAAUAUUCCGUAA